AGGAAAUGGGGGGGUGGGGUAACACGGGGUGACAGUGACAGCAUGGCGGCCGUGGGGCACGGCGGCAUCAUCAGCAUUGUCUUCGGGGUGCUGGUGGCCGCACUGCCCCACAUCGGAGCCUUCAGCAUCCACCCGGUCCCACAUCGGGUCCUGACCCCCGGCCAGGGCCGGAGCUUUGGGCACCAGGUGUUGCCGCUGGAAGGGGCCCGGGUGCUGGUGGGGGCCCCGGCAGAGGUGGGAGAUGGGGGGCGGCUGUUCCAGUGCUCGGUGCAGAGUGGGGAGUGCCAGAAGGUGCAGCUGGAAGGGAACAGCACCCGGACCCACAUAGGAAUGGCCUUGGCCCGGGAUGGUGAUAUCACAAUCGCCUGUGGCCCUGGCUUGACCCACGUCUGCGAUCACAAUGUCUACACGAACGGGGUCUGUGUCCUGCUGGACCCCCAGCUGAGAACACAGCAGGAGCUGAUGCCUGGAUACCAAGGCUGCCAGCGGGGCCCGGUGGACCUGGUGUUCCUGUUCGAUGACUCCAGCAGCAUGAGCACCUCCCAGUUCAAGGCCAUCCGGGACUUCAUGGUGGAUGUGAUGGAGAAGCUGCAGAACACCUCAAUCCAUUUUGGGGCGGUGCAGUUCUCGGACAGGGUCCAGACCGUGUUUACGCUGAAGGAAUUCGCGGCCCGGCCACGGCCCCGGGAGCUGCUGCAGGGGCUGGAACAGCGCGGGGGCCUCACCGACACCUUCGCUGCCAUCGGCUUCGUCGCGUGAGACAUGCCCUGCCCCACAGCUGCCCCACUGCCCCCC